AUGAAGCAAAAGAUCAAGAAACUCAAUGAGAAAGUUGACAAGGAUUCAAUAAAGAUUACUAAGAUUCGAAAAGAGUGUGAGGAGUCAACAAAUCUCAUACCCCAACUAGAGGAAGACAUUCCCAAAUUGCAAAAACUCUUUCUUGAUGAGGAGAAAGUCUUAGAGAAAAUUAAGGAGAACUCCAAAGUUGACACUAAGAUGUUUCGUGAUGAGCUAGCAAAGGUCCGUGCUGAACUAGAACCUUAG